GGUUUAAUUUGCUGUAUGUAGAAAAGUGACCCCGUUAAACUCCAUUUUGAAAUGCUGAGUGGUUAUGAGUUUUGUGAGAAGAUUCCACUGGUAGGAACUAAGUUUCCCCCUGCUGUAUGCAAAGGGCUGUUUCAAAAAGGAUGGUAAAUAUGAAUAUUAGGAUUGUAGGGACUCAAUUACUGGAUGACUGACUUUUGGAAUUUAGGAAGAGUGAAGACAGGAAGCAGAAGCAGAAAUCAAGACAACGUCCUUGGCUUCAGUAAGUACCUGGCUCAAAAUCAGAAAUAUUUACUUCAGUUUAAACUAGAAAGUUUGUCUUUUCAACAUUAUUUAAUGCUUGGAACCAUUCAUAUUUGAUUAAAAGAUGUAGUUGAAAAUUUUCCGUGUUUUUUGGUGAGGUUGGUUUGGUGGUUUUUUUUUUUUUCCUGUAAACUUUUUCAAGGCUCAAGCAAUGACACCAUCACAAUUGUUAAUUAUUUGGUAAACUGUGACUCCAUUGCAACAGACGAGUUGUUAGUGACCCUUGUUUAUGUGUCCAUGACUAAUGUGUUGCUCUCUGGACUGUUCUGGGGAAAAAAUGCACACACACACAAACUGUGGACACUGUGGUCUGAGUUGGGAACAGAAUGGCUGAGGCAGAACCAUUUUCAGCUGAUGGCAAUCAGGAGUUACUUCCCUGUGAAGUCUGUGGAAGACGCUUUGCAGCAGAUGUUCUGGAAAGGCAUGGACCAAUAUGUAGAAAACUCUUCAAUAAAAAACGUAAACCUUUCAAUUCCUUGAAACAAAGAUUACAGGGUACUGACAAUCCCAUUGUGAGAAAGGCUCCUCUAUCCAAGCCUCAACCUGUGAGGAGAUCUAACUGGAGACAACGACAUGAAGACUUCAUUAACGCCAUCCGAUUGGCAAAGCAGUGUGCGCUAGCCAUUAAAGAAGGCCGACCUCUUCCCCCUCCGCCUCCUCCAUCCAUCAACCCAGAUUAUAUUCAAUGCCCAUAUUGUAUGAGGAGGUUUAAUGAAACUGCGGCCAAUCGACAUAUUAAUUUCUGCAAGGAUCAGUCUUCUCGCCGAGUGUUUGAUCCAGCCCAAACAGCAGCCAAAUUGGCAUCCAGAGCGCAGGCUAGGGCUCAGAUGAGUCCAAAAAAAGAGCCAACUGUAACCAGUGCUGUGGGAGCCCUGCUGCAGAACAGGGCCCUGGGGGCCCCAAACGUGGCCCCAACUAGGCCAGGAUUAGCUGUGGACCCUGCUUCUGGAGCAAAACUCAGACAAGGAUUUACUAAAUCUUCUAAAAAAGAUUAACUCCUAGAGGCCAGACUGUCUCCCUUUAACUCAUGAGCCUCGAUGGCUGUGCACCCAGGAAUGCCACCUAAGGGGAAGGAGAGGCAGACGGCUGUUUGUAAGCCCACGAUUCUUCUUGAAACAUCGUGGACAAUAAGUAAAAACCAGAUUCACCUUUUCUUCUUCAUUACUCCCUUUAAACUUUUCAAAACAAUAUUAAACAACACAUCAGCCUGUA